UUUAACGGACUUUUCGUUGUCGUUGGUUAGAUGUUCGUUCUGUUGGCUAGUGUUCUUUCGCGCGAAAAGUGGCUGCUGAUUGUGAACCUCGUGCAGUAUUAAAUUGUCUAACAUUAUAGGAGCUGAUAAGAAUUUUAAUUUUGUUUGUUCAAACUUUUUGAAGCCAUAAAAUGUCUGGAAGAGGAAAAGGUGGUAAAUCAAAGGGAAAGGCAAAGUCCCGUUCGAGUCGUGCUGGUCUCCAGUUUCCUGUUGGUAGAAUCCAUAGAUUAUUGCGGAAAGGGAAUUAUGCAGAACGAGUUGGUGCUGGUGCUCCAGUUUACUUGGCUGCUGUUAUGGAAUAUUUAGCUGCUGAAGUUUUGGAGUUGGCUGGAAAUGCUGCAAGAGACAAUAAAAAAACGAGGAUUAUUCCUCGUCAUCUUCAGCUUGCCAUUCGCAAUGAUGAAGAACUGAACAAGUUGUUGUCUGGAGUAACCAUUGCCCAGGGCGGAGUGUUACCAAAUAUCCAGGCUGUGCUCUUACCAAAAAAGACGGGCCAAGCUCCAGUUCCAAGCAAGGGUGGGAAAUCCAAAUCUCAGUCUCAGGAAUAUUAAAAGCGUUCAUAACAUUACAACAGUGGUAUACUAGUUGAAACAUUUUCAGUGGUAUGCACAUGUAAGAAAGUUGGCAUUAAAAUACUUAGUUGAAUAUAAAUUCGUGUGGUUCUGCUAUAAAUUGAGUGAAUGUUUCAGCCAACAAAUGUUGCACGUUUUCUUUCUCAAUAAAAUUGUAAAAAUUAUGAUUGUCAUUGCUCCAUUGUUUAUUAUGAAAACGACUUAUUUUCAAAUGCCAUGUUUCCUGAUCUCUGCCAGAUGAAAGAAGCACUCACUAUUUUUGGAAGGUGAGAUUUUAAUUACCAACUUCAAGGGAUGUGAUGUGUUGUUUCUUCUGCCUUAUGUGAAGGUAAUGUUGUAAAUGAACUUAUGAAGAAAAAUUCAGUUGUACAUGAAAUGUAAAAGAUUUCAUUUGUGAGUAAUAAACCAUUGACCAGUU